AAGCAGUGUAGUCAACCUACUUGUACUGUAAUUUUUUUCUCGUCAAAUUAAUAUCAAGAUUGAAAAAAAAAAAAAAACAACAAAAUGACCUAUAAAAAACAAUUUAAUCAACACUAAAUUAAAAAACUUUUGAUAAUAAUUUAAAAAAAAUAAAACUUGUGAUGGGAUUUAUAGAUAUUAAUAAAUUAUAGAAGGAAAAAAAAAAAAAAUUGAUUGAUCGUUUAAAGUUGGGUGAAGUGAAAUAGAAAUAAAAAGAUCUUUUCGUUGGUUUCUAAACGCCUCACCCUCGAGAGUAUAGUUGUGCGUUUAUUUAUAUAUGGCGGGGUCCAGAGGUGUCUAUGACGUGCCAUAAAUAUAAAUAAUAAUAUUGUUAAUUAAAUUAUCAUAUAUAAAAACCAUACCGCGAGUUAAAAAAAAUAAAUAAAAACAAAAAAAAAAAAACGAUAAUCAAAAUUAACAAGUAAUUAAAAUAGUCAAUUAAAUAUAUCAUAAUGAUCAUGUACACAGUUGCUGAUGAUCAUAUGGGGGAUAAUGACAUUGCCCAGUUGAUUGCAUUCAUAUGUGGAGUUAUGGUGAUACUUUUGAUGAUAAUUGGUAUAUUAUCACCAGAUUGGUUGUUAUCAGUUGGCUGGAGACAAGGAUUAUUGAGUCAUUGUUGGGAAAGAGAUGCACCAAAACCAUUACCAUUUAAUUUUCCAACAAAUGAACCAGAAGGAUGUCUUCCAGCAAGAAAAGUUACAUAUAUUGGAAUUGCAUUUUGGUUUUGUAUCAUCUGUUUAAUCACUGAUAUUUGUGCAACAAUUUUGACACUAAUUGGAUUGAGAGUUAAAGAAAGACAAGAAAAAAUUAAAUGGUAUAAAUUUGCUGUUAUAUCAAUGGCAUUAUCUUUGAGUUUUUUGCUUGGUGCACUUAUUAUUUAUCCAGUAUGUUUUGCAGCUGAACUUAAUUUGGGUAAUCGUUCACUUUGGGAAUUUGGCUGGGCUUAUGGUGUUGUUUGGGGUGCUGCUAUAUUUUUAAUUGGUGGAAUUGUAUUAUUACUUUGUGAUAAAGAAAGUGAAGAAAUUUAUUACAAAGAACGUAAAGUUGUACGUGAAGAUGUUACUGGUGGUAAUGGUUCAAUGCUUGGACAUGCUAAUAAUCAUCAUGGAACUUUAAGAAAUUCAAAUCAUCACGCCUAGUGGCAUUGUACCCUGCCCGAUGUUGUUCUUUAGGUGAUUUUAUUAUUAUUUUACAUCAUCAUUCAUCGUUCUUUAAUUUGUUUUUUUUUUCUUUUUAUUUCGAACAACCGCACAGUAAUAUUCUAAAAUUUUGUGACGGAUCAAUAAAUUAAUUGAUUAAUUAAUAUUUAACAAAAAUAAAAAGAUUAAUAAAAUAAAAAAAGCCACUGCUGCGCCAGGUCAAAUUUAAUAAAUUAUUCUAUUUAAUUAUUUUCAAAAAUAAAAAUAUUUUUUGUUGAUAAUUCAGGCCAGGUUAUUGUUUUAUAAUUGACAAUUAUGGGAUCACCAUAAAUCGAUUAUUUUUCUUUAGUUUUUCUUCAAAUAACUUGAGUUAAUCUUGAGUUCUUUUAUUUAUAGUAAAAAAAAAUGUAAAAAAAAAAGAUGUGUUUUGAAAACAUAAAUAUUUUUUAUCAAUACUCAUUUAAAUUAUUGAUAUAUUAUGUAUUAUUAUUUAGCAGCAUAGAUAUUAAUUUGUUUAACUAUUUUAUAAAAGUAACAUGAAAAAAAAUUAAUGCAUUUAUAUAUUUUUUUCAAUUUAAAUAAUCUGGCAACUCAAAGUCAUAUCUGUUCAUAAAAAAAAGGACUAAUAAUUUUGUUAAUUUUUAAAUCUCAUAUAUUUUAAAUUAAUUUUACAUUUAUCAAGCAUCAAAGUUAAACAGGGGGCAGCUUGGGCAGGAACAAAACAAAAAAAAAAAAAUAAGAAAAACCGAUCCAUCAUAUGCAAUUAAAUUUCGCAUAUGUAUAAACUAGAUUUUAUAUUUAAAAAAAAAAUUUAUUAUAAAAUUGUUUUGAAUGAAUAUUUAAUAUAAAAAUUUGCGCCAAUAAGUGUAUAAUGUCCCCCCACGUGUGAGAGUAUUGACAAAGUUUAUCAAACUAAUAAUCAACAAGCUAAUUAACGAAAAAAAAAAAUAAAAAUAUAUAAAAAUAUAUAAAAAUAUAAUGCUUUUGUGGGCGCAUAUUUGUAGUUGAAUGAAAAUAAUAAAAUUUGAAGAAAGUACUUCAAUUGAAGGAGAAAUAAAAAAUGCUAUAAUUGUUUAAAUAAUAAUUUAAAAUAUAAUGAUUUAAAACACAGUCAAUUGCGAUUGAGAUGGGAGAUUAAUAAUAAAUUAUAAAAAAUAAAUAAAAAUAUGCACAAUGCUGUUUAACUUGUACUUGUUAAAUUCAUUAUUGUCCAAUUAUUAUUAUUAUUAAUAAUAAUUGUUUAAUACAAGAAUGCAUAGAUUAUUUAUACGUAGUUGAAAAAAUAUUAUUAAAUAACAAACAAAAUAUUAAUUAUAAUUAUUUAUAUUAUAUUGAUAAUUAAAAUUUUGACAUCUUGACAUGAUGUUGAUUAUAUUAUUGAUGAUAUUACAUUAUACAUAUCGAAAUUAAUAUACGUAAUUUGAUAAACAAAUAAAAUAAGCAAAAAAAAAAAAAA